AUGAAGCUCCGUUCGGGAACUACAAAGGGUGAUAGCCGUCGUCGUUCGACUCGAAACAAGGGAGAGAAAGGCGCUAUCGAGCGCAAGCGUCAAGCCACAUUCCAAACAGCCAAGCGUCCCGCCAAGCGUGCCCCCAAGCGUACCGCCAAGCGCAAACGCCGCCCAGAUUACAAUCCAACCUCCGCGGGCUCAGAGCAGACGAAAGGCAAGGCUCGCGGCAAGGGAGGAUGUGUCAAUUACAAAUGGUAUGGACCUACGAAAGCCGAAGAUUUAUUGUUAUGCUCCGAAUCACGCGAUCUGUCCACGCUGCCAAAGAACACUACUCUGGAUAUUGAAUGGUCAAGUCCCUCCAUGGGCUCAGAGCAGAAGGAAGGCAAGGCUCACCGCCGGGGGGGAUAUGUCGAUUACGAAUGGUCUGCACCGACGGAAGAAAAAGAGUUGGCAUGCACCGAUGCACACUAUCUGUCCACGCUGCCAAAGGACAUCAUUUGGUCAAUCACCUCUAAACCAAAAGUCGUGACAACAACCACAGUCGCAACCAGUAUAUCCCACCCUGAAGUCCCAGGUGUCAUCUACAAGUUUCGUGUCGACACCGAUGUGGGCACAUGCGAGCGAAUCUGGAAAGACCCAAGGAUGGAGAAGGAAUUGAAGCAAUUCUCGGAAUCCUGUCAAGGAACAAGCAAAGAUCCAUAUACUUCGGAACAAUUCAUGGAGCUUUUUGAACAGGUAGCCAAGGAAGGUGGAGAGCUUGGAAACUCUUUGGAGGACAUUGAGUUUAGUGAUGGUUUCAGAACCUGGAGAGUGGCUAAGAGUGACAGCACAAAACAAAACGCUGCCGUCUAUGGACGUAUUAUGCCAAAGGCAACUGAGGAAAUCAUUCGUGUAAUGGACAUUACAGUAAGCGACAAAGUCCUUGACUUGGGCCAUGGCCUAGGGAAUCUUUGCUUCCAAGUGUCAUUCACCACUGGCUGUGAAGCCAGGGGUGUAGAACUUCUUGAACCACGUUACGUUGUGUCUGCGGCCAUUCACCGCAAGUUGGCAAAGGUUGCAAACGAUAAGAAAAAAUCCAAUCCCACUGAAUGGGACCGCAGAGCAGGCCCAGUUGAGUUGAAGCACGGCCGAAUUGAGGACCCUGCCUUAACAACAUGGCUGACAGGUUGCACUCGGAUCUUUGUGAACAAUUUUAAUGAAGUUAUGGACUCCAGAUCAGAUCCAACACGAGGGAAUGACCCAGUUGAUACUCGAAUCGCCGCCUUGUUUGCCAACUGUCGAGCGGGAACUGUCAUGGUGACUCUUUGCAGCAUUCGUUAUCUCGGACUCCCACAUUCGCAGGUACUGGAAAGAAGACAACGUUUCGGGCUGAAGACACCUGAAGAGUCCUAUGCUUCAUUCUUUGAGGUUGAAGAGGUUGAAAUUGGACCCCAGGAUGAGUGUGUCUCAUGGGGUGCGAACAGCAAUCCGCUGAUUGCAUACAAAUACACUCGGCUGCAGCAAGCUGGUGGUGGCAAAGUGCCAGGUCCAGUCUUUCUUUGUGACAACCCCGUAUGCGCACUUGCCCGGGAAGCAACACCAAUUCCAGCAACAGUUGUUCGAGCUGGUGGAGAACUGUUCAUGAACUCCACUUGCGAGUGUGGAUGCAGCCAACGCCAAACCAGAGACAAUGGUUCGAAGAAACAGGGUUCGAAGAAAUGCAAGGGGCCGGCCUGGACUGCAUAG